AUGCAGAAUAAUUCUCUGGCAGCCGAAGGCGUCACCAAAAUUAAGGAAUUUGCAACAACCGUAUUGAGAAAGAUUAGAAAACUAGAGUAUAAAAACGUGCAGUUAAUUCCGGGAUAUGAAAAGUCGGAGGAGGAGUACUGUGCGCUUAAGAAGAGCCUAAACAAUGCAAACAUAAUGAUAAAAAAUCUGAUGAGCUACGAGCAUGGAAAUAGAUUCCUGAAGGUUCUAAAGAAUGGCAUGGAGUCAAUAAGUGAGAAAUCAGCGCUGAAUGUAUACAAGAACAAGGAUGUUUUUGAGGAGAUGUCGCUGAUGGCCAGAAGAAUGAGCAUGAUGAAUCUGGAUCCAGAAUGCAAAAGGUCAGCAGAGAAAUUCUCAGGUGCAUACAAAAAACUUUCAGAGUCAAAGAAGACGCUGAAUUCAAGACUGGAAAGUAUCAGGUUGCAGCUGAAGGAAAAGAGGAACCAAUGCAUUGAGAUUGAUAAGAAUAGAAAGAAGGUUAAAAACAUGAGAUACGACCUUGAGAUUCUUCUGCAGGAUGGAGGAUAUAACGGAGAAAUAAGGGAUGUAGAAAAGAAAGAGUUUUCAACGUUUUCAGCACAGGUUUUGAAAAUGAUGUUACAGUUUGUUGAUGAUGCUUCAGUUGGAAAAGUGUUGAAGAGUGUUGCAAAGGAGUAUUCAAGCCAUUUAAAGGAGACGGCAGAAAUAUUAAGCACAGUAGAGUAG